AUGCGCUACAGAAACUGGGAUGUCCUUCUUUUCCCUGGAGAUUCCAAGGUUCCUAUCCAAGAGUUCAAAACACAAUGCUUCGUGACCACGGACAAAGACUCGCCCUAUCUACACAGUGCAGUCUUCCUUAGCCAUCAUGCACACCAUCCCGAGGCAGGUCUUUUUAACCAGUUACCAGUCCUCACAACCUUCAUCCCGAGUCUGCCCAAAGACUGUCCGUUCCAAGUCUCAGUUCAUAGUUGGGAGAAGCCACGCCCCAGUGUCCAGACCGAGUCCAAUAUGGAACCAGAGGAUGUUUUACUAUUCGAGGUGCGGAUCUUCAUUGAUGGGGUCUUCGUUGCGGGUAGUAUCUACGGACAAAGAACUAUUUGGCCGCAGAUUAUGGUUCAAGCAGAUCUUGACCGAGAUGGAAACCAAGAUACCCUUCGAUUCCCUCCCUUUCAUUCUGAGAUACUACAGCAGAAGCAUUGGGAUGCCGGAGAUUCUCAAGGUAGAAUCAAGGUUGUCAUUGCAGAAGGCUUCUCUCGCCCCAAUCGGUCGCCCCCGUUCGAACGAUACAAGCAUGUCAUUGUUUUCUCUUUUCAGCAUGCACCACUAGAUGUGCUGGAAUUUUCCGACAUUGCUUGGCCUAAUCCCAACAUGUGGCUUCCUAUGCCGAACGCAUCUCGGUAUGGAUCGGCAGCGAGAUAUGGUACCUCCAAGGUGGUUGGCGAUGGUGCCCAUGGGCAUUCGCCAAGCAAGCCUAACAGACCCGAACAUCGAAUUACAAUCACGGCUAACACGAGUAGCCAGUCAAGCAGCAAUGCAGCUACUUACAGCGGUAGUACUUCAUCAACUUACAAUGCCUGGACCCCUCACCGUGGGUUUCCCAUCCCUUCUACGCAGUGGAACGGCUAUCCCCAAGAACCUCGAUGGGACCCACAGGAUACAUACAUCGUGGAACCUGCCAUCGACGCCUUCGUUGAUGAUACAGCAUGGCGGCAGCGUGGUGCUCGAUCCUCUCGCGAGGACGUCCCAAUGCCAGACUAUGCUUCUACGGGAUCGACCAGCAGCCGGGCCAUAUCCAGCAUGACUGGGAUGAGCUACGAACACAGCAAGCAGCCCAGCAUCAAUUCCUGCCUUGACGAUGAGCAAUACAAUGAGCUGAUCCAAGCUCUGACACCAACAAAGGCGCCUGCAGUGGGUACUCGCGCACCCUCUAAUACUCCCUCCACUGCCGCUACCAUGUCUGCCUCAAAGCCUUCUGCCGCAGCCGAAGCUCGAUCUGCAAGCUACAAUACUCGAAGCCGCCGUGCAUCCGCACUCAAGGAGGUCUCACAACCAAGCACCCGUGAUGUUUCGGGAUCGAGCGAGCCCAAGAAUUUGACUCCAUCCAAAAUUGGGGCGAGCCCAAGCGAGAAAGUGCGGAGCAAAAAGGAGACUCAGAAAGGGGUCAGCCAGGAUACCCCCAAAGCGCAGUCCAAGGGUAAGGGAACUGCGAAGGAAAACUGCAACUCCAAGGACGUCGAAAAUGCACCCAGCGAGAACUUGCAGGAUGAGAAUGAGUCGGUUUGUAGGAUCGAGGUUUUGUAG